GUGUGUGUUUGUGUGUGUGUUGAUGUUCACAGGUGAGUUCCUGUCAGCCGCCAUGGGUCUGGUUUACUCUGAGCCGGCCUGUCAGUCAGCGUACAACGGAGACGUCCAUCAGCUCUAUCGCAUCCUGAACGAUGACCCAAACAAACUUAAUGUCCAGGAGGGACGAACCGGGGACACGCCUUUCAUUGCUGCCUGUCGCCGCGGCAACCUGAGGAUGGUUCGAUACCUUUUGGACAACCAGGCCGACGUCCAGCUGACCAAUAAGAAACAGAGGACAUGUCUCCACUACGUGUCCAAGAGGACUUUUUCUCUGCUGGACUAUCUGAUGAUUUCCAUCCUGAUGCCCAUCCUGCUGCUUGGAUACUUUCUCAUGAGACAGAAGCAGAGGCAGAAUGUGCGUCUGAUGGAGGUCGUACUCGGCAGUAAAGUCAACGUCAACGCUGUCGAUUAUAAAGGAAACACGGCGCUUCACCUCGUCUGUCAGAGGAAGAGUCAUUAUCUGGUUCCUCUGCUGCUGCACAGAAACGCUGACUCCAGCAUCAAGAACAACGAUGGAGAGACACCACUGGACAUCGCCACCAGACUGAAGUUCAACAAGAUUGUCAACAUGUUGAAGACGCAAUGAUGGACGGACGAGAGGAGAGAGAGACAGACAGAGUUUCUCAAGUAAAAUGAAUUUAAAUUGUUUUAUUAAAACUGUUUGAUAUGAAUCAGUUUGAAAAAAACAUGUUAAAAAUCUUAACGUUAACUUUAGUGAAAUCAGAGUCAAG